AAGCGAGCGGGCCGUACGCGCUGCGAGUGCAAUAAUCGCUGGCCUUAUGGCGCCCCCAGAUGCACAGAAUGGCCACGCGCCCAGCAACGGGGCAACGGAGAGCAAUGGGGCACCGGAGCAAGCCACCGCACCCCUAAUGCCUCCUGCCGCUGCAGCGCUGGUAAAAGACGCGCCAGCGCUGCAAACCAUCACGAGGGGAGAGCUCAUGGACACGCCGCCACCACCACCCCCAGACGCCGACGACGCCGACGCCCGCCCGCUGGAAGAUCACCUCCGCGAGUGCGUCGCCGUCCUCAAGCGCCGCAAGGGCCGCGAGGAGCCGGUGGCGCUGCUGCUCAGGGACUUCUGCGCGGCGCAUCCUGACCAGCGCCACAAGGUCGUGAAGGCUGGAUGUAUUGGGCCGCUGAUCGGGCUCGUGCGGUCCUCGCGAACCGGCAGCUGCAAGGGCGCCGCCGCUGCAGCGCUCGCCCAAUUAGCGUACGACGACGAGGGCAACCGACAGGCCAUCCUGGCAUGUGAAGGCGAGAAGCCGUUGGGAGCAUUGGUUGUCGACCGCAACGCGCCCCCGACGGCGCGAGCUUCUGCGUGCGACUGCCUCGCCAAUUUAGCUGCGGGCGCGGCGGACGGCGUCGUGGCCGCGCGAUUACACGUCGCGGCGUUUACAGCUUUAGCGACCGACGACGAGAGCAGUUUUGACGUGAAGGCGUCGGCCGCGCGCGCUUUAGCUAACGCUUUACGGCCGCUGGAAGACGUCGAGGACGAGGCGGUGAACCCGUCGCUGUCGCAGUGCGCGCUGGAGCUGCUUGCGAGUGAUCAUAGGGAGGCCGGCGCUUCAUUAGCGCGGGCCCUCGUUUUAGCGACGGAGCUCGACGAAGGUACGGUCAAAAAGUUGUCUGCUGCAUUGGUCGCGGCCAUCGAUAGCGACGGGGCGAUCGGCGCCCUCGCUAAUUUACUAGCAAGGGGCGCCACGGCCGCUCCGAGCGUACUGCCAAAACUCGUCGCGACGCGUUCCCAGGCCUCAAUCGUCUGUAUCGGCAACUUCGCGCUGAAAGAUGCUGGUGCUGUUGUUGACUGUGGAGCGGUUCCCGUGCUCGCCGACUGUCUAGGAGAUGAGGCAUUAAGGAGGAGCGCGUGCGCGGCUCUACGGAACGUCGCCGCGUCGAAUCCGGGCGCCGUCGCGCCUUUUAGUGAGGCGCUCGCCCGGGUGUUGGGAGAAGUGCCGAACGAGGCGGCGGGCGCCCUGCAGAAUAUUGCGAUGGUCCAGCCCGCGGCCGUCGCGACGUAUGCCCCGGAACUCGCUGUUGCUUUGAAAGACGCUCCGAGAAAAGCGGCGUGUGCCUUGGCGCACAUUGCGGCGAGAGACCCCGCCGACGUCCCGGUGACGCCGCUGGUCGAAGCGUUGAAUAAUGCCAAGAGUGCUUCCGCAGCGUGCUGCGCUCUAGCUUGUGUAGCAAGCGACACACCUGGCAGAGCGGCUCUGGUGGACGCGAAAGGCGUGCCUUCAUUAGUAGCUCUCCUCGAGGACGACGACGCAAAGUGCGCCUGCGCGGCAGCACAUGUGAUAAGGAACCUCGCGUGUGACGAUAAGGGACGGAGGGCGCUAUUGAUCAACGGCGGUGCGGCCGCUCUAUCGGCCGCGGGCCUCGAGGGCGACGACGAGGCGGCGCAGCUCCGCGUGGAAGCUAUUGCGAACCUGUGCCUCGGGGACGCCGCGGACCGGACGGCUGUGGUGAAUGCGAAAUGUAUUAGACCCCUCGCGAAGCGCGCCCACGUGUUGAAGUGCGGUGCCGCGGCGGAUGCUUUGGAUAGAUUGAGUGUGGACGAGGCCGCUUUGGUGAAUAAGGCGCGGGCGGCCCUCACGCCGAAGAAGGCCACGCCGCGGCGCCUGGGCCCCCGGCGCCUGGGCCCGACGCGGAAGCCCGCGCCCUACCAGUGCGUCUCGCCCGUGCCGCCCGCUUCUGCGGACGGGCCCGAUAGUGUGUUGUGA